AUGUGUUGUAAACAAACAUGGCGGCAAAUCAAAAUGAGAAAUAGUAAUUUUCUAAACAUUUAGCGUUUCCAGUGAUAAUACCACAUUUCCAAUAUUGACAGCCCAGUUUUUGAGAAGAAUUACAACAUGGCACAAUUGUGGCAGCAUCCAUAUGUAAAUGUCUUCAAGCAUUUUAAUGUUUCAUCAUGGAAGAAGGCCACAAAAGAAGGGGAUGUCACCUCUUCAAUGGACAAGUCGGUGAAGUCAACAGUGUUGAAGAUUGUUGGAUCAAUUCCUGCUGGCAACUAUAUCCAGUUACCAAAGACAAGCUCUCAGUCCCUGGGCCUCACUGGACGAUACAUGUAUCUCCUCAUAAAACCAAUCCCGACAAAGUAUUUUGUUGUUCAUAUAGAUGUAGCUACACAGGAUAACCUCGUUGUAAGGAUUUCAUUCUCAAACUUGUUCAAGGAGUUUAAAUCGACUUCAACGUGGUUGCAGUUCCCGUUUGUAUGUAAAGCAACACGAGGAACUGUUCAUGCAGUUACUGCACUGACGGGUAAAGAAAACAGUGGUCCAGCCCCUCUGUCUACACGAUGGACAAUUCUUUGUCUGGACUUUCAGUACAUUCUAGCAAUGUAUCUCAAUAGAAAAUAUUCAUAUAUCAAAGGUGUACGCUUGUGUGCAAACAUGCUCGUGAAAAAUAUCUUUACCAGUGAUAUACAGUAUGAGCCAGGUUUGACAGUUGAACAGGUGAAAAGAUCGGGAGGUUUAUCGGGUGUAUCUCCACUGCCAAGAGAGUUGGAUUAUCCUGUGAUGAAAGGGGACAGAUGGCAUGACCUGUAUGACAUGAUUAAAUUCCCAGCUGAAGCCAGCAACAAACCACAUGACACAAUCAAAUCUACUACAUCAGAACCAAGCGUGAAAGCUGUGAGACCUACAUCAGGUGGACCAAAACGUAUAGAGUCAAAGAAGGUUGAUGCUAGCAAGUGUGCCUCAGAAAGGGUUUCAAUGAUUCACAGCAUUACAAGAGAUACUGACAAGUAUCAUCGUAGACGACCAGUGACAUCUGAGCUACCAUCUGUUGGUGUAGAAGAAAUUGACAUGCAGAAGGACAGAGAAGGAGAGAUCCAUGUUUUUGCUCACCCUGACAGUAGUGUUGUACUGCAUCAAGAUGAUAAAUAUACUGGAGAGAGUGUAGUUGGGAGAGUUGAUAAACCAGUGGAUAUACUACCUGUAAAGAAACCUUCAUAUAAGAUACUGGAACCAGAUCCUAUAUUACACCUGAAAAGAAUAAUUGGGUUUGGAGGUAGCUCGUUUAGAGAUGCAUUGUGGACAGAGGACGGACAUUGCCUGAUCUAUCCUUGUCAUGCAGUGGUCGUAGCCAUGAAAAUAUCAAAUGGUCAUCAGAGAUUCUUUAUUGGACAUACUGACAAGGUAUCUGUGAUUGCUAUGACAGGGAACUCUGAGUUAUUGGCUAGUGGUCAAACAGGGCAGCUCAGUGUGGUUAGAAUCUGGAGAGUAUUGACUGGGGAAUGUCUGGCUCUUUGUAAAACACACGCACAUUCUUUAUCAUGUCUGAGCUUUUCCCAUAAAGGCAGUAUCUUAUGUGGGGUUGGAAAGGACAACCAUGGAAAAAAUAUGGUUGUGAUAUGGAACACGAGUAAAGUGAGCAAGACAAGGGAGGUAACUGUGAUGGCCAAAGCACAUACUGAUGUGGAUAUCUUCAGAAUGAGAGUAGCAGUGUUUGAUGAUACAAGAAUGGUAUCCUGUGGCCGAGAUAAUAUACGGUUAUGGAGAGUUAAAGAAGGAUCGCUGAGAUCGGCUCCCGUCAAUCUAGGGGAGUAUCACAACAUUGAGUUUACCGAUGUAGCCUUUGAGGCGGGCUACCACACAAACAAAGAUCCAGCAGACAGAAUUGUUUAUGCAUGCAGCAGGUCAGGCCAUAUAUUUGAGAUAGACAUUAAAAAAGUUUGUGUACAGCAUGUAAGGAGACUUUUACCUAAUGAGUCAAGGUCGGACAAAGAUAAACAAACAUUCAGAUCAGGUCCUGGUAUUGCCAUCAACUGUAUGUCAAUCAAUGAAACAUUUUGUGUGACGGGAUCUGACGAUGGAUUUAUGAGGCUGUGGCCACUGGAUUUUGCCCAUGUAUAUCUGGAAGCUGAGCAUGAGGGACCAGUCACAGCUGUAGAUUUCUCUUCGGAUGGUCUCAAGAUUCUGGCUGGAACUGCCCAGGGAAACCUUGGUAUGUUAGAUAUAACGUCUCGAGGAUAUACAACAUUUAUGCGUUCACAUACGGGCAGUAUACGGAGCGUAGCUGUAGAUCCAUACAGAAAACAUAUAGCUACAGUGUCAGAAGACAACACAAUCAGAGUGUGGGAUUCUGAAACUUUACAGCAGUUGUAUGACUUCAGUGCUCCAAAUGAGUGUCCCUGUACUAUCAGCUACCACCCAUCGCGGCAGAUCUUUGCUUGUGGAUUUGAGAGUGGUGUUGUACGAGUGUUCAAUGUUCAAACAACAAGUCUGCUGGCAGAACACAAACAGCACAGAGGGAAGGUGACAGGUCUCUCAUUCAACCCUAAUGGAGAUUAUCUGUACAGCUCAUGUUCUCUCGGCUCUCUGGCCAUGUAUGAUGCAUCAUCUGACGGCUAUCCACUCCUACGUCUCCUUGGUAACACAGUUGCCCGGGGAGAGAGGUACUGCCCUGAUGCCCUCGCUGUGAGUCCUGAUGGAAGACGUGUAGCAUUUAUAGGGCCGUCGGAAUACACAGUCACCAUUGUAGAUUCUAAGUCCUUGGAUGAGACAAUGAGGAUUGAUGUUUCAAGUGUAGGGCAGAGUGGGAAAUCAAGGAUAGACACUGCAGCAAAAAUAUACUAUUCUCCAUUGAAAGUCAGCCAUCUUCUGGUUGUCACUGGCAACAAUAAACUACUCAAGUUUGAGGCUAAAACUGGCAGAAUACUUUCUGAGGUUGACCACAUACACAAGAAUGGAUGUUCCUCAAUAGCCCUGACAGAUAAUGGUCAUUACCUAGCAACAGGAGGUGACAAGGUCAUCAAAGUGUGGGACUACAAUAUGAGAUUAGAUAUCAACUUUCAGGUAUUUAUAGGGCAUUCAGAGAAUGUGUCAAGGAUAAUAUUCACACCAGACAGUAAGAACCUGUUGAGUGUUGGAGAAGCACUCUAUCUAUGGGAUUUUCUAGCAUACAGACCUCCUUCACCAUCAGAAGGACGUGAGUAUAGAGAGAAGGACUAUCUAACAGGCCACACAGACAAGCCAACAACUGUCUCAUUCAGAGAAAACCAUAAUGCAUGUAGUCCUGGUCGAGAAAGUCUGGGAGAAUCAUUCCUUGACAUGCCACGACGUACCCCACCCCGUCCAGCACGAGAAGAUUCUCCAGGAAGGAUAGGAGACCUCAGUUCCAUCAGAAAAUUCCCAUAUGAUGAUGAUAUAGAAUCAGUUUCAUCAGAGAAGGAACCUGUCUUAGCAGCUGCACUCAGACAGCAAGAGAGAAUUUCUAACAACCAGUCUGACGAUGAAUACUUAGAACCAGACAAUGAGAGUGAGGCAAUAACUAAUGGCCAGUAUGGUCAGCAAUUUACACGACACACCACCCCAUCAAGGAUGCCAUGUAAGCGGGCAGCACCUAUGGGUAUGACACCCAGAAAGAAACACACAGAGGCAGAAAUAACUAAACCUGGAGCAUUUAAACAUUUUGUUCAGAGAGAGAAAAAACAUGCAAUGGCGCAGAGAAGAUAUACAGCCCCUCCAAAUCAGGCUGGUAUCAGACUUAGGUCUGUUAUAGGGUAUAAUGGUAAUGCCAGAAACAACAUGGUCUGGCAUCCGGAUACUGGUCUGUUUGUAUACACAACUGGUAACACCAUUAUUAUAGAAGACCUUAACAACAGUUCACAGAAACACCUGGCUGGACAUGUAGAGGAAAUAUCAACUUUAGCACUGCAGAAUGAUUGCCAGACACUAGCUUCAGCCAGUGGUAGUUUUGAGAUGUCUGGCAGUCAGAUAUGUAUAUGGGACCUGCAGUCUCUGGUUUGUAAGAAGGUGUUGUCCCAUCACGAGUUUGAUAUUGUUUGUUUGGCUUUCUCCAGAGAUGAUAAAUUUCUUGUCUCUGUUGGGGACUAUAGAGAUUGUACAAUAGUUAUCUGGAGUACACAUAAUUACUGUAUCCUGACUACAUCAAAGGCAGCUAGUCCAAUCCAUGACCUACGUUGGGAUCCAUACACAGUGAACGAGUUCUCGUCCGUAGGCCAAAAUGGUACAGUAUUGUUCUGGUUACUGGAUGAGACGACAUCAAACAUCUGUCUCAAUGUGCAUGAAGGAGAGGUGCCAGAUGAUCUUCUUUAUGUCAAGGGAUCUGGUGUGAAGAAAGAGUGUGUAGAGUUUACAUGUAUUGUGUAUGCUGGGGACAGCACCUUAUACACGGGAACCAGUAAUGGUAAAGUUGCAGCCUGGGAUACCAACAACAACAGCUGCUUUAUGCACUGGGAAGCUGAUAGCUCAGAGAUAGAUGUGAUUAUAAACAGAGGUAAUUUACUGCUGACUGGUAGUGAGGGAAAGAAUGUGCGGGUGUGGUCAGUGGUGGGUGUAGGGGAAAUGAGGCUCCCUGGGGAAAUGUAUAACAUGCGCACGGGAGGUCUGACCAUGGAAGACGAGAUGAAUUUAGACGGUGCUAUAGUAUCUGCUGCAUUUGAUGAGGCCAUGGACAUGGGUAUUGUGGGAACAUUGGCUGGUACCCUGUGGUACAUUAACUGGGGUGAGAGAACAAGUAUCAGACUGGUAUCCAGCCAUAUGAACAAGGUAAAUGGAUUAUCACUGUGUAACAAUGAACUGUUGGCAUCUUGUGCUGAUGAUGGUAGUUUACGAGUAUGGGCUAUCAGUGACAGGGAACAAGCACUACAGUUCCAAGUCAAAGAUCAGUCAUGCACUUGCCUAAGUUUUGCUCCCAUGUCAUCAGUAUUGUUAAACCGGGUAAACGGGUCAUCAGAUAUAGCUGCCACCUCAUAUCAGAAGAAAGAUCAGUUACCAAACAUUGCCGCUGGUUACAGUGAUGGUACGGUGCGGAUGUUUGAUGUCAACAAGGUAGAGAUGGUACUCAAGAUGCAUCCACACGCUGUUGCCGUGACUGCCAUCAGCUUCUCAUCAGAUGGUACAAUGAUAAUCUCAGGUGGGAGUGAUGGUUUGAUAGCAGUGAGUAGUCCUACCACAGGUAUGACGGUCAGAGUGAUUAGUGACCAUAAAGGAGCACCUAUAACUAAUAUAGAUGUUACCAAUAAACAGGACCAGGAUGUUGGAGUAUCCGCCCCUCUGCUUUGGUUGGCUACAAGUGCAGAUAGGCGUGUCAGUGUGUGGAGUGCUGAUUGGUCGAAAGAUUUCUGCGAGCUUGUUGAUUGGCUGACAUUCCCAGCACCAGCAUUUGGUCCUGAUGGUUCUGUACUGCCAAAGGAUGAUCAGGCUGUAUAUAGUCAACUGCCACCAAGUAUUGCCAGAUUCUCCCCUGAGGAAUCAGACAUCAUUGUGUAUACUGGGUAUGGUAUGCAGAAAAACAUGCAGUUUUACAGUCUGUCACAGAGAAAGGUUUUGAGAACUUUAGCAUUAACUCACUGGUGCCGAAGUUUAGACCUUGUUGCCGAGUGUCCUUUAAUAGCUAUUGGAGCUAAUGAACGUCUGUUGAAACUACUAGACUAUUUUGAGGGCAGUUUUCAGGACUUUAUUGGACAUAAUGAUAGAGUGCAGGCUGUGAAAUUCUCACCAGAUGGAAAAUACUUAUUCUCUGCCUCACAUGCUGAAAUAUUCAUCUGGGAUGUUACCCUGUGAUAGUUUAAAUGUUACUCUGGGAUGAUACACUGUGAUAGUGUGAAUGUUACUCUGGGAUGUACUCUGUGAUAGUGUGAAUGUUACUCUAGGAUGUACUCCCUGAGACACAUCUAAUGUUACACACUGGAAUUUCUGGUAUUACAUUUUAUGUUUAUGGGAUGAUACACUUGUGUUGUAAGCUAGAAAUGAGAAAAUGUGAAAUCCAUCUCUUGAUGAGUAAUGGGGUCACAAUGUUCAAGUAAAAAUUAGGGAAAGUUCACUAAUGGGGUGACAUAUUUCUUGUUGAAUUACUGAAUUAAGAAGGCUUGAAAUAUUAAAUGUUAUUAUAAAUCUUCAACAUCAUGUUGAUCAGAACAUGAAUCAUGUGGUCACAGAAGCUUGAACACAUCAUAUAAAUGGAAUAAAGCAAAAAAUGUGACAUUUAUGGGAAUGAUGGGGAUACAAAGUCAAAAUUUGAUGAAAUGUAAACCUACUAUGUGACAUGAAUCCUGUGAGGAAUAAUGACACAGCCUGUAGCUAGAAAAUACUACAGGGUGAGGAAAGCAUGGCAUUUUUAGUACUUCCUGUACAAAAUAAGGCAUUCCAGUAUUCUGUGAUAUGUUGAGUGCUAGAGUGACUACUUAAUUCGUGCCUAUUGUAAUGAAAUUAUCAUCUGAAAUGUAUUUGUAUUAUUGGUGUUAGAAAAAUUGUGCUUGUUGUAAUAUCUUCUACAGACUAGUGGUUCUAAUGAAACAAAGCCAAAUGUUUAGUCACUUAACACAGAAGUUAUACUUGAAUUUAUCAUCUGAAAUGUAAAUGUGUUCUUGGUGUUAGAAAAAUUGUACUUUUUGUAAUAUCUUCUGCAGACUAGUAGUUCUAAUGCACACAAAGCCAACUCUUCAGUCACUUCACACAGAAGUUAUCCUUAAACUAUAAAUUCAUAUUUUCAGUUCUAACUAAACCCAUAUCGUUUUCCAAUAAAUCAUUGAAGACUGAAAGUGUGACAUUAUUAUGGGAUAAAAUCAGUUGGUACCAGUAUGUCACAGUAAUUGUGUCAUAGCGUUGCCCUCAAAAUGAAUUGGACACAAUACAGGCAAUUUUUUUAUAGAUUUGGUUGAGGAUGUAAAUAGAUAUCCAUGAUAGCUUGUUAAAAUAAAACAUUACUUAUUUCAAUAGUGAUUUUAUUAUUGAAUAAUCUUUGUUGUUCAGAUUGUGGUUGCACCCUUGUGAUAUAUUUUUUUUCGCACAAAGAUUUUAUUUAAGAAAUAAUAAGUUCCCCGAGUGUGGUUUAUCAUCUAUAUUUUAUUAUAACCUGUGCUUUGAGUUCUUAUGCAUAAGAAUAUAUCACGAAGGCCGUAGGGUUGAGAGAUACAUUGUUUAGCAUAAGAACGAAAAAAUGGUAACUACUUUUUACGACAUGAACUACACUUGGUGCUAUGCACCUGGAUUUGGGGGUUGAAAUUUUCUCCAUGUAUUCUCCCCAUUGCUUCAGGAUUGCAGCAAAUAAAGUGUAACAUGGCCAUCAGACCGUUCUUCAAUUACCCUCUAGUCCCGAAAAUCAUGGUGAAUCUCGCAGAUUGUUCCCGUACGCACCAGAUUUGUUGUUUGUGCCAUUUUGCAGCCGAACUUUGUUGUUGUUUUUGUUAUAUGUGGAUACCACAAGUUUUACGCUAGCAUUUACAAACAUCAUGUGUCCUUCAUUCAUAAAAGAAUUGCACAUAGGGGUUUGGCGGUAAUCGGAACAGUGAAAACAAUUCUUUGCACGCACAUGGGUUAUUGCAAAAUAACCGUAAUUUCAUUUUCUUCUCUGUGUAUGUAGGUUAUUUGUUGGUCGUGUUAAAAUCAAUGAUAAAAUCACUGUUAGGAAUGAAUCAUUUCUUAGAUAUAAGACUUUAGUCUAGUAUGUAUAUGUAGCACUAGAUUUUUUGCCAGCAUGACAUUUUUCAUCAGAUAGAUUGUUAUUUCUUAUACAAAUUGGUAAUUUAGCAAAUGCAUGCAUUUCUAAACUUACAGGAAUAUUACUACAAGUGUCCUUUAAAAUCACUAGGGGAUUUAUAAGGAUCCUACACAUACACAGUUUUCAGGAGAGGAGGUGUUGAUAUUGUAAUUGCAAGAAAUGUUUGGCUCUAGGAUAGAUUUCCUAAAUAAAACUGCUCUUUUUCAGUAUAAGAAAUUUAGCUGUAGGUGGAAAUGCCAAGUACUCUUGUAUGUAUUUUAACCUUACAGCCCGAAUUUCUUAUAUGAUCAAUUGAAGUUUGAAGCAGAUCUGUUCUUGAAGAAAUUGUUUAUCUAUGUUUGUGUACAUUAUACCUGACGGAAGAAUAAUUGGUCUGUUGUAUUUAAUGUUAGAGGAAUAUUAUUGUAUUAUGUAAGAAAUAUUACAUUGUAAAUUUAUAGUGAGAAAAUCUCAUACUUUCGAAUGUCCGUCCAUUAAUUUAUUGAAUAUAUGCUAAUUUAAUAAAGCUAGAAAAAUCAA